CCUCCGCCUGCAAUUCGCAGCAAUUCCGAUGCCGGAGAAGAUUCCGAUGAUCGGAGUUUCGCCCUGAAUCCACACCGAAAUCGAGCAUGUUAUGUUCAAUCAUGGUCCUUUCCGCCGCGCAGCCGGAAUCCGCCUCCAUUCCCUCGCUUCCGUACGAGCACCUCAACCGCCGCCGGUACCAAACAUUCUGCACCUAUGCUCCGCCGCGCCGUCACUCUCCGCCGCCCAGAAAGCUCACGCCGUCGCCAUUACGCAUGGCCUCCUGCCUUCCAGCGUCUCCAUCGCUGCCGCUCUGAUUCUCUCCUACGCCUCGCACCAUUCUUCCCUCUCAAUUCUUCUAUCCGUCUUCAACCAAUCCGUCCGGCAUAGCCGCUCGCCGUUCCUCCACAACACCUUGAUACGCGCCUGCGCGCUUCUGUCGAACGAUUUGGGGAUUUCAGUGUACAAUGAUAUGCUGCGGCGUAUGUGCCUCCUUCCCGAUGAUUACACUUUCCCCUUCGUGCUCAAACUCUGCGCCGACUGUUCCUACUUUCCGAAAGGAUUGGAAGUCCACGGGAGGUUAAUCAAGGCAGGAUUUGAUGUUGAUUUGUACGUAAACAAUACCUUACUUCUCUUCUAUGGCGACUGCGGCGACUUGGGCAGCGUCCGCAAGGUGUUCGAUGAAAUGCCUGAACGAGACUUGAUCACGUGGAACACGUGCAUUCGAGUUUUUUCAGACAAUGAAUGCCCCAAAGAGUCGAUCACUUUGUUCAGGGAUAUGAUCUUCUUGUCUGAAUUCAUGCCUAAUGCUGUCACCAUUGUUAGCAUUUUGCCAGUUUGCGUCGCGCUCGAGGCCGGGGAUUUCGUUGGUUUAAUCCAUUGUUACGUGUUCAAGGUUGGUUUUGACGAUGAGAUAAGAGUCGGGAACGCAUUGAUCGAUGCAUACGGGAAGUGCCGAAACAGAAAAGCAAUGGCACAAGUGUUCGACGAAAUGAUCGACAAGAAUGACGUUUCUUGGAAUUCAAUGAUCGGUGCCUUAUCCUGCAACGGCUUUUUCCGCGAAGCAUAUCGUUGCUUUACGACGAUGGUGAGGGACGGGAUGAAAGCGAACACGGUGACUCUAGCCACUGUGCUACCGUCUUUGUUGGAUCUAAACAAAGGACGAGAACUUCACGGUUAUAGUGUAAGAACGGGGUUGGAUUCGGACAUUUUCGUCGCAAAUGCAUUGGUCGAUAUGUACGGAAAAUGGGGACGGCAUGUUCAAGCGUUGAACAUAUUCGACGCGAUGGAGACGAGGAACAUUGUCUCGUGGAACACGAUGAUAGGCUGCUCGGCGCAAAAUGGGCUCGAGUCGGUUGCCUUCCGACGCAUUCGGGAGAUGCAAGCUCGCGGCACGAGCCCUAAUUCGGUAACAAUCACGAACAUUCUCCCGGCUUGCGCGAGAUUGGGUUCUCUUCAACACGGAAGGGAAAUACACGCCCGGUCGAUGAAAUUAACGUUGGCCUCGGAUUUGUUCGUCUCGAAUGCUUUGAUCGAUAUGUACGCCAAAUGCGGCCGGCUGGAUCUGGCGCGGACAAUAUUCGACGGCUCGCCUAGAGACGAGGUUUCUUACAAUACACUCAUAAUGGGCUACGCGCAGACGAUCGAGUGUUUGAACUCUAUUACCUUGUUUACAGAAAUGGCGGCUCUCGGGUUGAAUCUCGACGCUGUAUCGUACAUGGGAGCACUCUCGGCAUGCGCUAAUAUAAAUGCCGUCAAAGAAGGAAGGCAAAUCCACGCAUACGCAUUAAGACGGCUGUUCCACAAGCAUCUCUUCGUCGCCAACUCGCUUCUCGACUUUUAUGCCAAGUGCGGACGAGUCGAUGUCGCUACAAAAGUUUUCGCCCAGAUCCAGAACAAGGACACGGCAUCAUGGAACACGAUGAUUUUGGGAUACGGAAUGCUUGGCGAGGCUAGCGCCGCAAUCGAGCUUUUCGAAUCCAUGAAAAAGGACAGCAUCGAGCCAGACUCGGUUUCUUACAUAGCUGUGCUGUCUGCGUGCAGUCACGGAGGGUUAGUCGAGAAGGGAAAGACAUACUUCGAAGAAAUGCUGGCGAGAAGUAUAGAGCCCUCGGAGAUGCAUUAUGCCUGCGUGGUGGAUCUUCUUGGCCGGUCCGGUCACCUGCAGGAAGCCGUGCUGAUUAUUACCAGUAUCCCGGGUGAACCGGGCGCCAAUGUCUGGGGGGCCUUGCUGGGGGCGAGCCAGGUCCACGGGAACAUAGAGCUCGGCUGCUGGGCAGCCGAGCGCCUUCUUGAGCUGAAGCCAGGGCAGCCCGGGUAUUACGUGCUGCUGUCGAAUAUGUAUGCAGAUGCCGGGAGGUGGGGUGAGGUGGAUAGGGUUCGGAAGCUGAUGAACCAGAGGCAGGUGAAGAAGAAUCCCGGCUGCAGUUGGCUGCAGGUUAGCGAUGAAGUUCAUAGCUUUGUUGCUGGCGAGAGAUUCGAUCCGCGUCUGUGGAAUGUAGGCGCCGGUUAGAAGCUAUGGCUGCCUGUAAUCAUCUCUGUGAUCAAACUAAGAUUAGUAAACGACAUUCAUCAGCUCAACUUAUCUUUU